GUCGUCCACCAGCUGAGCCGUUGCAACACGGUUUACUGAAACCGAGCAGUAUAUAAACGCAGCCACCUGCAGGUUGGCCAGUAUCAGAUAGCAGCUGUCGUCUGAAGCAACCAAGAAACAUGAUGAAGAUCGUGGUCCUGGCCCUGUGCCUGUUUGCUGCCGUCUUCGCCGCUGAGGAGUCCGCCCCCAAGGAGAAGCGCGGCCUGGCCUACGCCACCGGCCUCGGCUACUCCGCCCCUCUGGCCUACUCUUCUGGACUCUACGGUGGAUACGGAUACCCUGGAUAUGCUGGAUACUACGGCUACGGUGGCCUGGGAUACGCUGCAGCUCCUCUCAGCUACGGAUACCAUGGAUACUACUGAGGCACAAACUGGAGACAGCUCAUCAUCUCUCAGUUGUCUGUUUCCUGAUUCAUACUAAACGUCAAUAUGUGAUUGAAACUACUGUCAGCGCCAAUGUAAUCACUAACUAUCAUUAAAUAAAUUCACUAGUCAAGAA